AUGGCGGAAGUCGAAAACGGCUCUGCCCAUGAGCCAAUCCAAACGUCUACGGGUCUAUCGCAGGCAGACAACAAAGAGAACGGGGUCGAUGUCUCCACGUACGCUGAGUCUCCGGAAGCAAUCGAGGAGGACAAACCCACAUUACCCGAUGAAUCAGAGCGUCUGCAGUUCAACGUGGAUGAAAUAGCGAAUAACAAUGAAGCACAAGGUGAAUUGGAGCCUGGUGACGGCCUCGGAUCUCCAGAGCAAGUUUCAACAUCUCCAGGGAACACCGUCGCCCCUCCACAGCUCGAAGAUGACCCUGAACAUGCGCCGAGCCAGCAGGAUGAACGCACUGAUGGGCCAGCUGAUGACCAGACAGUUAACUUACCGAAGAACACACCUAGCGAGACACAAGAAGCCGGCUCAGCACCACCUCCAGAUGUCAUUCCUGAUUUACGAGUACGCUCGGAUUCAAGAUCGACCACUGCCACACUUGCGACCCAGCGGUCUGUGACCGUCAGCUCCACCGUUUUUAUAGUGACCGCUCUUGAUACCAUUGGCUUAUCGAGGGAGGCCAGGAGGAGCAAGGAAUUGGAGGAUGCUGUGAAUGCUGCGCUGGCGAAUGUUAAACAAUCAGACCGUCUGCCCAUAGAUCCCGAAGUCAUCUUCCGCCCUCUCCACCUCGCAACGAAGAGCUUUAGCAUUCCCCUGCAAGUGACGGCUCUUGAUUGUAUCGGGAAAUUGAUCACAUACUCAUACUUCGCUUUCCCCUCGACUCAGACGGAAACCGAAUCUGGUUCGGGGCAACCCCCACUAAUUGAACGAGCUAUUGAUGCAAUUUGUGACUGUUUCGAAAACGAAGCGACACCAAAUGAAAUCCAACAACAAAUCAUCAAAUCUCUUCUCGCGGCAGUCUUGAACGACAAGAUCGUGGUACAUGGAGCAGGCCUCCUGAAAGCUGUCCGUCAGAUAUAUAACAUAUUUAUAUACUCCAAGUCCAGUCAAAACCAGCAAAUAGCCCAGGGAUCUUUGACGCAGAUGGUUGGCACGGUUUUCGACAGGGUACGUGUAAGGCUUGAACUGAAAGAACUGCGUGUGCGCGAGGGCGACAAAGGCCAGGGUAUAACCUCCGAUACCGUUAACCUUGAGCCUGACGACGCGGCUCAGACAAAUGAGGAAGAUCAUACAUCGGAUGUAGUCUCUGGAACGCCCCCUGAUCAACCCGUCUCAAAAGAGCCUAUUGAAAAACUUACGUUGCAAAGUUUUGAAUCUAGCAAAGAUGUUACCUCUGUCAAUGACAAUGCCCCGACAACGGUUACCCGUGCUAAAAUAGGCCAGACGCCUGCGCGGCCUUCAUCCAUGAUCCUUGGAGAGGAGCGAGAAGAUUCUGAUAGCCCCGCAGACGACGAUGAAGAUGAAAUUUACGUCAAGGACUCUUACUUAGUUUUCAGGGCUCUCUGCAAGCUGAGCCACAAGAUCCUCGGCCACGACCAACAGCAAGAUCUGAAAUCUCAAAAUAUGAGAUCGAAGUUGUUAUCCCUGCAUCUUAUCCACUACCUUAUUAACAACCACGUCUCCGUUUUCAUAUCCCCUCUAUUGACAAUUCGACAAAGCUCUAAUAGCACGGAUGCCAUGACUCUCCUCCAGGCUGUUCGUCCUCAUCUAUGCUUGAGCCUUAGUCGAAAUGGUUCAAGCUCUGUUCCUAGAGUUUUUGAGGUUUGCAGUGAGAUAUUUUGGCUUAUGCUCAAACAUAUGAGGGUGAUGAUGAAGAAAGAGCUCGAGGUUUUCUUGAAAGAGAUUUACCUCGCCAUCCUAGAGAAGCGAAACUCGCCCACCUUUCAAAAGCAGUAUUUCAUGGAGAUUUUGGAGAGGCUGGCGGGUGAUCCGCGUGCGUUGGUUGAGAUAUACCUCAAUUAUGACUGUGACAGAACGGCACUAGAAAAUAUCUUCCAGAAUGUCAUUGAACAACUAUCACGAUACUCGAGCGUACCGGUAGCUGUGACCGCUUUCCAACAACAGCAAUACCAGGAACACUAUGUUAAAGUCUCGAAGUUGGGAAACGAAUGGCAUCAACACGGCACAUUGCCACCUACACUGACCAGCGCAAAUAUUUCCAAUAGCUCGCAGAUGAAUCUGCAAGGUGUACCUCCAGAGUAUAUACUGAAGAAUCAAGCAGUUGAGUGUUUGGUGGAAAUUCUGCAAUCUUUGGACAACUGGGCCUCGCAGCGCAUCGCCGACCACACCGCUGCUGCUCCUAAUCGUUCUUCGCAAAAGUCGAUUGACAACUCUAGAGAGUCGCUUGAUACCAACGCUGGCGCCUAUCUUUCUUCUCCAAGGAUUGAUGGUGAUGGCAGUACCGGCCGGUCAACGCCAGUGGCGGAGGACGAUCCUAGUCAAAUAGAAAAAGUGAAGCAACGGAAAAUUGCCCUCACGAAUGCCGUGCAACAAUUCAACUUCAAGCCCAAGCGCGGAAUCAAGCUUUUUAUCAAGGAGGGCUUCGUACGUUCCGAUUCCCCGGAAGAUCUGGCAGCCUUCCUGAUCCGAAACGAGAGGUUAGAUAAAGCCAUGCUAGGCGAGUAUCUUGGAGAGGGGGAUGCUGAAAAUAUCGCAAUUAUGCACGCCUUUGUUGACACGAUGGACUUUGCAAAGCGGCGUUUUGUUGAUGCGCUUCGCCAAUUCCUACAGCAUUUCCGCUUGCCAGGGGAAGCGCAGAAGAUCGAUCGUUUCAUGCUCAAGUUUGCCGAGCGCUACACAACUCAGAACCCAAAUGCUUAUGCCAACGCAGAUACAGCAUAUGUGCUUGCGUACUCUGUUAUCAUGCUCAACACCGAUCAACACAGUUCCAAGAUCAGAGGUAACCGCAUGACCAAGGAAGAUUUCAUCAAAAACAAUAGGGGUAUAAAUGAUAAUCAAGAUUUGCCCGAUGAUUACCUAGGAUCUAUCUAUGAUGAGAUUGCGAACAAUGAAAUUGUGCUUGAUACCGAAAGAGAGCAUGCAGCGAAUAUUGGACUCCCUGCAUCCACUCCCAGCGGGUUAGCUUCUAGGGCUGGGCAGGUCUUCGCUACUGUCGGACGGGACAUUCAGGGCGAGAAGUAUGCACAGGCAUCCGAAGAGAUGGCCAACAAAACCGAGCAACUGUACAGAAGCUUAAUACGGGCUCAACGGAAGACAGCAGUCAAAGAGGCACUCUCACGUUUUAUCCCCGCAACAUCUGUCCAGCAUGUCGGUUCUAUGUUUAAUGUCACUUGGAUGUCUUUCCUUUCCGGGCUAUCAGCCCCCAUGCAGGACACCCAGUAUCUGGAGAUCAUCAAGCUUUGCAUGGAAGGAAUGAAACUUGCCAUCCGUAUUAGCUGCGCGUUUGACUUGGAAACGCCUCGGGUCGCCUUCGUGACAGCUUUGGCCAAGUUCACCAACUUAGGUAAUAUCAGGGAGAUGAUGGCCAAGCACGUCGAGGCCCUGAAAGUAUUGCUUGAUGUCGCUCUUACGGAAGGCAAUCGUCUUAAGAACUCCUGGAGAGAAAUCCUGACUUGUGUCAGCCAGCUCGAUAGACUUCAACUACUGACUGAUGGUGUUGACGAGGGGUCUUUACCAGAUGUCUCUCGAGCCCGUAUCGUGCCCCAUGCCUCCUCAGAUACGUCUUCUCGCAGGUCAAUUCAAUCUUCGAGACGUCCCCGCCCGAGGUCUAUAAAUGGUCCCACUGCUUUCCGCGCAGAAGUUGCCAUGGAAAGCCGAUCUGCGGAAAUGAUCAGAGGUGUCGAUCGAAUCUUUACCAAUACAGCCAAUCUUUCCCACGACGCUAUAAUUGAAUUUGUACGGGCGCUGAGUGAAGUGAGCUGGCAGGAAAUCCAGUCCUCUGGACAAACCGACUCUCCUCGGACAUACAGCUUGCAGAAACUGGUUGAAAUCAGCUACUACAACAUGACAAGAGUCAGGAUAGAAUGGUCUAAAAUUUGGGAGGUUCUUGGACAGCAUUUCAACCAAGUUGGGUGUCACUCAAAUACCACUGUUGUCUUCUUUGCACUGGAUUCUCUCCGGCAACUCUCAAUGCGCUUCAUGGAGAUCGAAGAACUUCCAGGUUUUAAAUUCCAAAAGGACUUCCUUAAGCCAUUCGAACACGUCAUGGCAAAUAGCAAUGCCGUUACUGUAAAAGACAUGAUUCUCCGGUGUCUCAUACAAAUGAUCCAAGCACGCGGUGACAACAUUCGCUCUGGUUGGAAAACAAUGUUUGGUGUGUUCACAGUUGCUGCUCGAGAGCCUUACGAGGGAAUUGUGAACAUGGCUUUCGAGCAUGUCACGCAGGUAUAUAACACCCGCUUCGGGGUUGUGAUUACACAGGGUGCAUUCCCUGACCUUAUUGUAUGCCUCACGGAAUUCUCAAAGAACAUGAGAUUUCAGAAGAAGUCGCUGCAGGCGAUUGAAACGCUAAAGUCAACGGUCACUAAAAUGCUGAGAUCGCCGGAAUGUCCUCUUUCCCACCGCGGGCCGUCAUCGGAAGAAGUCCACAAUGAUGCCACGAACCUCGCCAAACAGCUCACCCGCCAAUCAAAGGAGGAGCAGUUUUGGUACCCAAUUCUCAUUGCUUUCCAGGAUGUUCUGAUGACAGGUGAUGACCUUGAGGUUCGAUCACGAGCAUUGACAUAUCUUUUUGAUACGUUGAUUCGAUAUGGCGGUGACUACCCUCAAGAGUUCUGGGAUGUUCUUUGGCGGCAACUUCUCUACCCUAUCUUCGUUGUGCUACAGUCAAAGUCUGAAAUGUCUAAAGUCCCUAACCAUGAGGAGCUUUCCGUUUGGCUUUCCACGACGAUGAUCCAGGCGUUGCGGAAUAUGAUCACGCUCUUCACACAUUAUUUCGAUGCGCUGGAGUACAUGCUGGGCCGCAUACUAGAGCUUCUUACUCUAUGCAUCUGCCAGGAAAACGACACGAUUGCGCGCAUCGGCAGCAACUGCUUGCAACAGUUGAUACUACAGAAUGUUAUGAAAUUCAAGCAAGAGCACUGGACAAAAGUUGUUGGCGCUUUUGUUGUCCUAUUCAGCAAGACCACUGCCUAUGAAUUGUUCACUGCUGCAGCGUCUAUCUAUUCCAAGUCACCAAUCCCACUGAAGUCUGCAAAUGGGGAUCCAGAUGGUAGAGAUGAUGGUGGUGCUCCAGAAUCUCCCGAAUCGGCGCCAGUCUCGGAGCAUUUGACCGAUCCUCCAAAGGCCAACGGCCUGCAGAAUGUGGAACACGAGCAUGAAGAGGGUGACAUGCCUUCCACAUCAAGCACCGAAUUGGAAGAUUACCGACCCCAAGCAGAUGUGCAACAACAGCCAGCCGCCGUCACCGUAGCACGACGUCGGUUUUUCAACCGGAUUAUAACAAACUGCGUCCUCCAGUUACUUAUGAUCGAAACUGUGCAUGAGUUGUUUUCAAACGAUAAAGUUUAUGCACAAAUACCGAGCCAUGAGCUUCUCAGGCUGAUGGGGCUUUUGAAGAAGAGUUACCAAUUUGCCAAGAAGUUCAACGAGGACAAGGACCUCCGGAUGCAGCUUUGGCGCCAGGGAUUCAUGAAGCAGCCGCCAAAUUUGCUCAAACAGGAGAGUGGGAGUGCUGCAACUUACGUUCAUAUUCUUUUCCGCAUGUACCACGAUGAGAGGGACGAAAGGAGGAGCAGCCGUGCGGAGACAGAGUCCGCGCUCAUCCCACUGUGUGCCGAUAUAAUUCGCAGCUUUGUCCGUCUGGAUGAAGAUUCACAACAUCGCAACAUAGUAGCCUGGCGCCCUGUCGUUGUGGAUGUCCUGGACGGCUACACCAACUUUCCUUCUGAAGGCUUUGAUAAGCAUGUUGAGACCUUCUACCCGCUGUGCGUUGAUCUACUAGGUCGUGAGUUGAAUCCUGAAAUUCGCAUUGCUAUUCAGGCAUUGCUUCGGAGAAUUGGUGAGGUGAAACUAGGAAUUCCUGCUGUGCAAAUAUCCAUCAGCCCAAGGAAGUCAGCCUCCCAGCCUUCUAAUCGCAAACUGAGCGGGGACCCUGAGUAG